AUGGUCCGACUGGUUACUCUGCCAGACGAGKAAGGAGGUCCAGAGGCUGGUCCUCCCAACUAUCCAACCCUUGAUGUAUUGGCUAUCGUUGAUGAUGAUGAUGAUGAUGAUKCUCAUGAGCCACGCCCAAACCCGAACCUGACCCCUUUCACCGCAGCUCUAUCUUGUUAUCCUAUUGUUUCGCAGCUGGCAAGCUAUUUGGACCUUUUAACGCUCUCUGAGCUUGCAAGAACAUGUCGUCAAAUCCGAGAGAACCUAUUACAACACAGGAAGAUCCUGAUCAAGCACACGCUUCGCUGCGAGAAUGACAGUACAGCCGGCAUAUCAAGCCGCGAUGGUCCAGACYCAUACAACAUAAACGGUUAUACGAUCGGCCGACUCACCAGCGGCAAGGUCGGUGCUUGUGCCAGUGAUAUGGUUGGAGACUGCAGAAAGUGUGGUCGUAUCGUUUGCAGAAACUGUGUUGCCAAAGCACCGCCUGCAAGCCUCCUCAAGUUGCGUUAUCGCAGACUUUGCCGGACCUGCAUGAAGGCUCCAUUGGAACUUCUGACAGUCGUCAAACGUGAACAAUCCGAGCAAGAUAGCACCGACGACUCUUCUACAAAGACACGCACCUUCGCCCGGAGUCCUUGCAACUGCGAGGACGCCAUAUGGAUCUGUGGAUCCUGCAGCCAAUCAAUGCGAGCAGAAGACACAACCUAUCUCCGCGGCUGGACCUGGCGCAACCGCUAUUCUCACUGCGGCGGAAUGGGAGCAGGUCUAGGGGAAGGAAACGAAGGAGUGCAAUGCGGUCGAACCAGAGACUGCUUGGCCGCGACUCUUGUCCUCAAAGACGUAGAAUGCGAUGCCAUCGAACUUGCUCACCUCCAAGCCGACGCAGCCAAAGCCGAGCUGCAAGGCCGUCACUGGAAUGGAGGAAGCUACACCACGCAAGAAAUGCUCGGACUGGGAGACACCAUCAAGACCAAAGCGAAGAAAUUCGUGCCCGUCGGUGCGGUUGUGAAGCAGUAUGAAGACGAAAGAUCUAGUCAAUUUUUGGGUCGAGAACAGACUGGUGCGAAUCGUGGGUGGUGUUCGUGGUGCGAUCGCGUGGUUUUAUCAACCAAGGAUAAGGAUAGAGCGGGAAGAUCCACCGACAGCAUUACAUCCUCCAGCUCUUUCGAGCAAUGA